AAUGACUUAUAUAGUGACAUUACAAACUAGAAGAUUUUAUAUAUAUAUAUAGAUAUAGUGUGACACCAUUAUUUGUUCCCCUACUACCAACUUAUUAAAUAUAUAGAAAAGCAUGCACUAUUUUAUUUUUGGUAUAUAUAUAUAGUCCUAUGUAAAUAUAUGUUCUUGUCCAUUUAAACUCAUACUAUAUUUCAUGGAUUCGAGUUUGUGUAAUAAUCCAAUUCAAAGUCCUUCAGAGGCACAUCCAGAGACAUUGGAUUUUCUUUCCAAUGCAUGGUGUAAUUUUGCAGUACAAGCUCUCCAACCUCAAACUCAUAAUGAUGAUGAUCAUGAUCAUAAUAAUUAUCAUUAUCAACAUGAUCAACUACUCUUGCCCUUGGAUUAUGAUCAUGACCAAUCAUCAAUGGCUCUGGUUGAUCAGAAUAAUCCAAUGGUCAUUAAGAAGAUUGAUACCAACUCUACUACUAAUAAGAGUAGUUCCCCAUACAUGAGCACAAAGAUGGAUGAGGGUGAUACCAAGACUCUUCCACCAUGGAAAUCCAAUGAUGUUAAGUCAUGGAUAUGGAUGCAACAAGCAAUGCAUCCAGAAUUGAAUUACAAUAGCUAUUUCAAAAAAAGAUGGAUGUCAUGGAAGGCAGUGCCAUUCAAGAAUGUUAUAUCAAUAAAAAAAUGGGUGAAAGAGAUAAAGCAACGUAGAAAAGAGGAGGACAGGCUACAAAAAGCCGAGGUGCACGCUGCCAUAUCAGUGGCUGGUGUGGCGGCGGCUCUGGCAGUGGUUGCGGCCGAGAAUUCUAAGAAAGACUCAACUAAUGCUAAGGAAGCCGCUGUGGCUUCCGCGGCUGCGUUGGUUGCAAGCCAAUGCGCCAAAGUUGCUGAAGCUAUGGGAGCUAAGAGAGACCAGCUCAGCUGUGUCAUCGGCUCGGCUAUCACCGGAACCAACGCAACCGAUAUCUUUACCCUUGCUGCUGCUGCUAAAACAUCACUUAAAGGAGCUGCUACACUAAAAGUAAGGUCAUCAGGAUGCAAGAACAAAAUAAAUGGAGUUGCACCCAUUUUGCCUAUUGAAGAAAAUCAUCAUGACCUUGGUUUUGAUUUGAACACUUAUAAAUCAACUCUUGCAAAGGGUGCUGAGCUUGGUGUUGAAACUCCAGAUGGGGAUUAUUUGAGAAGAUCAGUGUCUGUGAUUCAAAGUAAUGAAGGCAAGGUAGUAUUACAGAUUAAAAAGCUCACUCUCUUCAAAAAGAAGAAAGAAAGUAUUGUUCUUGAUUUACAUGCUGAACUAUACAAGGAUUCAGAUAGUGAAGCAACAAAUGAGACAUGUUAUCUUCUGGUUUUGACAACAAGUAAAGGGAUAUUCAAAUUAGAUAUGGGAGAUGAUUAUCAACGUUAUAAGACAUGGGCUAAAACUAUUACUCAAAUGUUGCUUCUCUCUUCUUCUAUCAAUAAAUAUGAGCAACAUUUCUAAUUAUGUAAACUUUUCUUAUUAAACAGUGUUUGUGGCAGAUUGGAAUGUUAAAAAGUUGUUAUUUGGUUGUGUAAUUAUAUCAUAAAUUAAAUGAUUGUGCUUAAUGUAUAAUUAGUUUGUUGGGAGUAUAGUGAUUUAAUAGUAACUUAUCUUAUUAUUGGUACCAUUUUGGACAAAGAAAUGAAUAAUCAAAGGUAUGAAAACAAUGGUCAUAUUAAUAUCAGAAGUGAUUAAUUUACUGUAUAUCAUGCUCUGUAAUUUACCCGUUACAUUUUGAAGCAGUGUAUCAAAAAUGACAUCAGUGGACCAAAAUUUGAAUAAUGUAUGAUUACUUGUUAAGCAAGAAAGAAAACUACAACAAAAUAUUCGAAGCCCGAGAGAGAGAAAGUUAGAAGCUUCUGCAAACACCAGCUUAUUGAAGAUGAUGGUCA